AUGUUGGUAGGAUUUCUCCUAGUUUGUGCAACCGUGCUGGCCAAGUACAACGAGAAGGACACAUGCUUCCCGGGCUACACCAUCAACAAUGACACGAAGCAGUGCACCAAGGACCCAGAAGCGCCGUGCAACACGCCCAACUGCAAGGCCUGCGAUAACCCGAAGACCGACAACGAGGCCUGCACUGACUGCGACCCCGCCUACGUCCUGAACGGGGGCCAGUGCGUCGAGAGGAAGUGCAACACGCCCAACUGCAAGGCCUGCGAUAACCCGAAGACCGACAACGAGGCCUGCACUGACUGCGACCCCGCCUACGUCCUGAACGGGGGCCAGUGCGUCGAGAGGAAGUGCAACACGCCCAACUGCAAGGCCUGCGAUAACCCGAAGACCGACAACGAGGCCUGCACGGCGUGCGACCCCGCCUACGUCCUGAACGGGGGCCAGUGCGUCGAGAAGGCGUGCAACACGCCCAACUGCAAGGCCUGCGAUAACCCGAAGACCGACAACGAGGCCUGCACUGACUGCGACCCCGCCUACGUCCUGAACGGGGGCCAGUGCGUCGAGAGGAAGUGCAACACGCCCAACUGCAAGGCCUGCGAUAACCCGAAGACCGACAACGAGGCCUGCACGGCGUGCGACCCCGCCUACGUCCUGAACGGGGGCCAGUGCGUCGAGAAGGCGUGCAACACGCCCAACUGCAAGGCCUGCGAUAACCCGAAGACCGACAACGAGGCCUGCACUGACUGCGACCCCGCCUACGUCCUGAACGGGGGCCAGUGCGUCGAGAGGAAGUGCAACACGCCCAACUGCAAGGCCUGCGAUAACCCGAAGACCGACAACGAGGCCUGCACUGACUGCGACCCCGCCUACGUCCUGAACGGGGGCCAGUGCGUCGAGAGGAAGUGCAACACGCCCAACUGCAAGGCCUGCGAUAACCCGAAGACCGACAACGAGGCCUGCACUGACUGCGACCCCGCCUACGUCCUGAACGGGGGCCAGUGCGUCGAGAGGAAGUGCAACACGCCCAACUGCAAGGCCUGCGAUAACCCGAAGACCGACAACGAGGCCUGCACGGCGUGCGACCCCGCCUACGUCCUGAACGGGGGCCAGUGCGUCGAGAAGGCGUGCAACACGCCCAACUGCAAGGCCUGCGAUAACCCGAAGACCGACAACGAGGCCUGCACUGACUGCGACCCCGCCUACGUCCUGAACGGGGGCCAGUGCGUCGAGAGGAAGUGCAACACGCCCAACUGCAAGGCCUGCGAUAACCCGAAGACCGACAACGAGGCCUGCACGGCGUGCGACCCCGCCUACGUCCUGAACGGGGGCCAGUGCGUCGAGAAGGCGUGCAACACGCCCAACUGCAAGGCCUGCGAUAACCCGAAGACCGACAACGAGGCCUGCACUGACUGCGACCCCGCCUACGUCCUGAACGGGGGCCAGUGCGUCGAGAGGAAGUGCAACACGCCCAACUGCAAGGCCUGCGAUAACCCGAAGACCGACAACGAGGCCUGCACUGACUGCGACCCCGCCUACGUCCUGAACGGGGGCCAGUGCGUCGAGAGGAAGUGCAACACGCCCAACUGCAAGGCCUGCGAUAACCCGAAGACCGACAACGAGGCCUGCACGGCGUGCGACCCCGCCUACGUCCUGAACGGGGGCCAGUGCGUCGAGAAGGCGUGCAACACGCCCAACUGCAAGGCCUGCGAUAACCCGAAGACCGACAACGAGGCCUGCACUGAAUGUAAUGAUAACAAUUAUCUCACUCCAACAAACCAAUGCGUACCUGACUGCACAGCCAUCAGCGGAUACUACGGAGAUAAUGACAAGAAGUGUAAGGCAUGCAGCCCUGAGUGUGCUGAGUGCGUUGGGCCGGCCAACAAUCAGUGCAGUGCCUGUCCUGCUGGCAAGAAACUGACAUAUACAGAUGACAGCCAUCCUAAUAACGGAGGCGCCUGCGGGGAUGCGUGCAAAGUGUCUGCAGAUGGCACUGGCUGUGAGACAUGUGGGGCCCAAAUAGGAGGAACUGCAUACUGCUCAAAGUGCAAGACCUCUACUCAGGCCCCCUUGAACGGCAACUGUGCGGCCAAUUCACGAGCAGCCUUCUGUGCAACAAUCACAAAUGGGGCCUGUACACAAUGCAAUGAGGGUUACUUCCUCAAGGACGGCGGCUGCUAUCAGACAGAUAGACAGCCUGGUAAGCAGGUCUGUAGUAGUGCACAGGGAGGAACAUGUCAGACAUGUGCCAACGGACUACAGGCACAAGGUGGGGCCUGUGGGGAGUGCCAUUCUACUUGUGCUACGUGCUCGACUGCAGAUGCGGCUGAUAAGUGUAAGACUUGUGCCACUGGGUAUUACAAGGAAAACGGUGACGAUACCACUGAUGGGUUAUGCAAGAAGUGCUCAGAGAAGAUCUCUGGAUGCAAGCAAUGUGUGUCGUCAUCUGGCAGUUCAGUCAUAUGCUUAGAAUCAGAAGCAGGCACUGGUGGAAGCGUCAACAAGAGCGGCCUCAGCACGGGGGCCAUAGCCGGUAUCUCCGUCGCUGUGAUUGUUGUUGUAGGGGGUCUUGUGGGCUUCCUCUGCUGGUGGUUCCUCUGCCGCGGAAAGGCAUAG